CCACAACCAUGAAUUAUAUAAAUCGCGUGAUCGCGCCGCGAUUUGCCAUCCUUGAUGAACUCACUCAAUGAAGUCGUCUCUCUACUAGAACUGUUCCCUCCGCCUUUCAUCUUCAUCAACGACCCCAUCUCACCCAAGUACACAAUUCAAUCUUUGGUUUCAGCCUUGGAAGACAAAAUUAGACUAGUCCAUAUCGAUGGCAUUUCAUGUUUCACUCCCCGUCUUCUCUAUGAUACCAUCUUGAAUGGCCUCUCGCAGCAUAGACCCUCUUGGGACGAGGGAUGUAGGAACUGGAGCCAAGAGACGGCUAAUGACAGUAUGGACUCGUUUCUCCGUGCCUUGAAGGCUCUAUACGCGUCUCUGUGUACUGGGAGCUCGAACAAGGGCCCACGCGUGGCUUUGGUGAUUGAGAAGCCGGAACGGUUGAAAGAAAGGAUGCCAGAUAUUCUGGCUCCAUUUACGCGUUUGGCAGAACUAUCCAACCUUGAGCUCAGCGUGGUCAUGGUCUCGGAGGCUCGAUGGCAAGAUAUUCGUCCUCCGUUUGGAUCAGCGAUCGAUCCUUAUUAUGUUGACAUUCCAGUUCCUACGAAAGAAGUUAUCAUCGAACACUUAAUGAAAACGUUCGAAAGAUGUUCCAGGGAUUUUAAUCUUGGAUCGACUUCGACCACACCACAUCCUUAUGAUCCAGUUCUUCUGCAGACUUAUAAACAUUUCAUUUACAUACUCGUGGAUGUUUGCUACCUCUACACAAAUGACCCUCACGAAAUUCAAUACAUCGCCGCAGCUCGCUGGCCGGGGUUUAUCAAGCCAGUUCUCGAUGCACAUAGUAUGAAUGUGGAAGCAGCAGCUGAGGAUGAUGACAUUGAAUUUGAACGUCCUUCUACAGAACUCCUACUUCGACUCACCCGUCACUUCAAACCGUCACUUUCCCUCGCAUUGGAACAGUUGUAUCCUCGGUUGACGAAUGCUGCGGACUGGGCACGCACGAAUGAAUCUGAUGCUUCAUCGCUAGCUAAAGACGGCUUAAUCUUGAGUGAUACCGUAUUGGACGAUGUGGAGGAAGAAGAAGAUACGGUGAACGAAAUGUUGUUAUCAUCUCCUAGCCGUCCUCGUACUAGCAAACGGAUCCAAGAACAGAAAGUUGCUCAAGAUCUCUCAUCCUCUGAUAUCAAAGACACGCUCCCUCUCUCCGUUUCCCUUCCUCGUUUAUCCCAAUUCAUCCUUGUCGCAGCAUAUAUCGCAUCUAUGAAUCCCCAAAAAACCGACUUGCGGUUGUUUGGACGUGGUACCGACGAAAAGAAACGUCGUAGGAGGGCAACCAAAAGACAAAUGGCGAACGCGAAACCGAAAAGUGGACCUGCAAAGAUUCCACAACGAUUUUCGGGGCCAUCACCAUUUCCACUUGAAAGGUUGAUUGCUAUUCUUGGUGCGCUUGUGGAGGAGAACGAUCCUGUUGCGUCUGAGGUGAUCAGCUCGCAGAACGUUCCCGCGGAUGGAUUAGAUUUCAGAAUACCGGGAGAACGAACGGAUUAUGAAGUGACAAGAGUGGGUGUUUAUGCUUCGAUUGCACAAUUGACGUCUCUGCGUCUACUUGUGAAGACUACCUCUUCUGAUAAGCUCGAUGGAUUGUCUACCAUGCUGAAAUGUGGUUCCGGGGCACCUUCUUCAUACGAGACGAUAUUAAGCCUGGCGAAAGGACUCGGUGUACCGCUGCCAGAUUUGAUAUGGGAUACUGCGGCCAUGGGAUGACUGGUGUGCUCUUUGUGCAGGUAUCAUGUAGUGAUUAAGUUUAUAGUAAAUGUUACAGUAUGAAGUUGAGCGCGUUCA